GAGCUAGCUAGCUGGUGCUGUGUAGCCGCCGUAUAAAAUGGAACCCUCAUAUGAUCACGAACAUCCACAUCAUCUGCUAACAAAUUACAAUGCAAAGAAGUAUCCGCAUGUGUCGCGGACACCGGAGUACAGCCACUCAACGGUGGGCAGCGAUUAUCCCGAGCACGUUGGCUACCUCACCGACGGGCGGCUGCUGCACGAGAGUCCCAGCGAUGGCAUCUACCACGUGCGACAGGGCAGCGAGCAUUCGUCGCCCUCGCUGCACUCGCCAGCCAUACAGAGUGCCGGCUAUGAGAACGAGCACUCAAUGAACGAGGCGGCGCUGUCGGUGCACAGUCACAGCCACUCGCCCAUGGUGUCCAGUGGCUACAGUGUGGGCACAGUGGGCGGCAGCAGUGCCUCUUUGAUUAGCAGCAAUAUACCGCUGCUGGGCGGCGGCGGAACAUCGAUGCUGAACAAGUUCUUGUCGCAUCCUGGCCAGGAUGAAUGUGGGGCGGCAGCGCACUCACCGAUUGAGGCGGCGGCAGCGGCAUCCAUGUGGAGCUACGACUACAAGGGUGACAUUUGUGCACCCAAUUGCGGUUAUCUGGAUCGGCACAAGGCCAUGCCCAGCGAUUUGAAGUACAGACCAGGCGGUAAUCAGUCAAAAAGUGCCAAAGAGUCGCGCAUCCGUCGGCCAAUGAAUGCGUUCAUGGUGUGGGCGAAGAUCGAGCGCAAGAAGCUGGCCGAUGAGAAUCCCGACCUGCAUAACGCCGAUCUCAGCAAAAUGUUGGGCAAAAAGUGGCGCUCGUUGACGCCACAGGAUCGACGUCCCUAUGUGGAGGAGGCUGAACGUCUGCGGGUCAUACACAUGACAGAGCAUCCCAAUUACAAGUAUCGACCACGACGGCGAAAGCAGUCCAAGCUGCGCACCAUGCAGCCCGGUGGCGCCAAGGAGCAGACGCAAAGUGGUGAAUCCUCGACGCAGUCGGGCGCAUCGAAGUCAACGCCAAAGCUGACAACGCCGCCGCUGGCAACGGCCACAAGUGGCAGCUACAACACGCCCACCGACGACAGCCGCAACUCCACGCCCCACAAUGUGUCCGCUCUCUAUGAGCAGCCGCUGAAGCCAAGCUACUCCCCCAGCUCCGUGGAUUGCUACAGCAAUGCGGACAGCACGGAACAGCUUGAGUCACUGGCCGGCAAUUGCAGUGAAUCCUCGCCAGCGACCACAAAUACCAGCUACGACAGUUCGCUGCUGCUGAAGAAGCUAACGAAGCCGCCGCCGCCGCCAAGUCGUGCAAGCAAACAGCGCAGUGAGAAACUCGCCCAAAAGGAGGACAAAUCCAAGUCCCAGCAGCAGCAACAGCAACAACAACAACAGCAGCAACAGCAGAGUCUCUAUGCCUCGUAUCCCUUGGCCAGCUCUGUGGCUGUGGUGGCUGCCCGUGGCAUGUACGUGACGUGCAACAAUCGCGGUCUGCUCGAUCAUGGACACUCGGUGAAAGGCACCUUCUAUCCGCCCGUGUCCAGCGCUGACGAUGAGGGCAGCAGCUCCAUGCGCAGCAGCAAUGCGUUGCAGCAACAGCAACAUCAACAGCAACACUGCAACAGCAGCAGCAGCAGCAACACCAACAACAGUCUGCCCCUGGCGGCAUCCACAUCCAGUGUGAUAGCCAGCAGCGAUCUGAGCAGCUAUACUGUGGCCAUGGCCGAGAGCAACUGCAGCGGCAAUGGCAGCCUGCUGGGCAGCGUGUCCAAUGAUUAUUUGAGCGGUGUGAAUGCCAAUGCCUAUGGCAUGCAGUAUGAGGAUUUUCUACGCUAUCAGAGCAAUGAGCUGGACUACGAUCAGUUGAAGGAGGCGAGCAACGAUCAGAAGUGCGCCAAAUAUCCGGACACGAAUCAGAAUUACGAUGACUACGAGGCGGAGGCCUACAACAAUGCCAUGUUGCUGACGGCGCCAGCGCCGCCAACUGGCACCAGCUACUACACCCAGUUGCCCUACUCCAGUGGCCUGGCUGCGUUUCCGUUGCAGCUGGCUGUGCCCUUCCAGCAGACGACGACGACAACCACGACGUCGGCAAGUGCAGCUUGCUAUGCGCAGCCGAUGCAGAGCAGUUAUCUGCACUAUGGCAACUAUUAUGAGGCCAAUGGAGCGGCCAGUCAACUGUUGCCACCACAAUCUGCAGCCGCGGGAGGAGCAGCAGCAUCAACAGUGUCCUCGCCAGCAACAUCAGCAGCUGGACCAACGGCUAUGGCCAUGCAGCAUCAUCAUCCACAUCCGCAUCAUCAUCAUCCGCAUCCGCAUCAUCAUCACUUUGCUGCCACUGGAGGCGCUGCAACCGGCAUGGUUGGCGUUGGAGUCGGUGAGAUGCUCUUUGAGCAGCAACAGCAGCAGCAGCAACGCAAGGAUGACGAGAUUAGCAAUAUUCUGGCCGGUGUGCGCAAAACCUGCUACAGCAAUUGACCCAGACCCAAGGAGCUGGAGCUGGAGCUAAAGCUUGGAACGUAAAGUUGUUAUAUUUGCAAGUAGAAAUUAGAGUUUUAGGCACUUGGUAUUAGGUACUCAUAAGCAAUUUCCCAUUAUAGUUGGACAUCUAUAAACAUUUUUGUAUGAUUAACGCGUUUAAACUAUGUUUUAUGUUUUAAGUUAGCUUGCAUUGAAAUAAAACGUAAAAAUUAUCUUUGAAAAGUGUGGAACGCAUUUUUGACAGAUGCCACAAUGUGCAAAACAUCUGACAGCAUCUUGCUGGACUU